UAGAGAUUACAUCACUAGCAAUGGUUGCUUUGUUUACAUCUGUGUUGCUUCCCCAUUAUUUACUUGAAAAGGGCAAUUUUUAAGAAUAUCCUAGCGAAAUAAUUGAUAAAGACGAUAAACUGUACAUCCCGACAUCAAUAUGCAUCAUUAAAAGUGACUGCUACUGCAAAUUAAAGUCUGAAUUUCUAGAAUAACCCCGGCUUCUUUCUGUCAAGUUUGGACUUGAGUCGAGAAAAGGAGCACCUGUUUUAAUAUUCAUUCCAAUUAUUAUGUGAUGUCUUUCAUUAAAUGCUUGUCAUCUUGAUAUAGAGAUUGGAAGUGAAAGGAAUGCCAGGAAAAUACAAGAGCAAGUAUGGAGAUGAAUAUGAGUCUGAUGAUUUUGAAGCAACAGACACUCUAGAAAACUUGAAAGAAACAAGUAUUUCUGCUUAUUAGAGACAGAAGUUUGAAGACACUGUCCACAUAGAGAAUUGAUAAAUUGGAAGAAACAGGGUACCAUCAUCUCAAGCCAAAAAGAAAUCAAGGCCAGCAUCUGCUAGUGCAAAGAAAAAAUCACCAAGAAGACCAGUUACUCCAGGGAAGAAGAAAAAGCGCCCCCAGAGUGCCCCCUCGGCUCGGACUGGACAUGAUCUGUGGAUGAAUGCAGUCAAACAAAGACUUACAGGAUUUUCAAUGUUGAAUUUAUUGUAUGGUAAAGCACACAAAAGGAACAAAAAUAUAAUGAAAUCUAAAAGAGUCGGAUUAGCCUCAAACAGACACCCAACGAGCCCCCGUCACAAAACUGUCAGUGAAUAUUGGAUUGAUACGCUCAGGAAAACUGGAACAGGUUUUACCACAGAGAGCACAGGGAUGAACACCUUUAGUGGAAAAAGACCACGAGAUAAAGACAUGCCAUAUUUGAGUACCCCAGCUUACCUGCGACAAAUGGCUGGUACAGAAAGACCGCCAAAAUCAAACGAUCCCAUGUCUAAAGCAUCGCCAGGGACACCAGCAUACAAGUCGCAAGAAGAAUAUUAUGAACAGAUUCUAGAGUAUAAGAAGCAGGUAGGGGCGUUGAAUCAGGACUCAAAUAACAUGAAAGCAAAGAUACGUAGACUCGAGGAAGAUAAUCUAAAGAAAGAAAAGGAAAUUGAUUCAUUGCUGAAUCCUCAAAAGAGUGAAGAGUUACGUAGGACAUUAACAGACAAGAGACCAGAUUCUGGUUCAGUUAUACACAGCCUAAAGCAGAAAAUCCUAAAACUGGAAACACAGAUGAGGGACAAGGAAACGUCUUACAUAAAACUACAGAGUGAUAUGAAGACAACAAAAGUUGAAGAGAUGAAGCAACAGAUGGAGGUGUUCUAUAACGAGAUAGUCCGGUUACAGCACUCUAAAGAUACUGGGAUGGAUAAAUCUGCCAGGCCAACAAGUCGGGAAGGCGGUGUGAAAAUCAAGGCUUUAAAUGAAACAAUUUUAAGACUCAAUAAAUCCAACGAGCAGCUACAAUCAGAGAACAGGAGUUUGAAAGAAGAUCUCAAAAAUGCAAUGGAUGAUCAUGGUGGCAGAUCUCAUGCAAGUAAAACAAACAGCCCCAGGAAGAUUUAUACAAUUCCAGGACUCAAAAAGGACUAUGAGGAUAUGGACAGAAAAGAAUUGUUACGGAGUAUCACACAGUUAGAGAAGAGAUUGGAGAAAGCAGAGAGACAUAUGGAAGGUUCUUCUAUUGUAUCAUAUGAAAGCAAGGCUGCUCAAGUACAAGGGAAAAUUGCAUUAGAUGGAAGCCUUGAGGACAGAUUAGACCAGCUAGACAAACGAGAGUCAGAGUUACUGGAAAUGUUAGACAAGAAAAAUGAGAAAAUAAAAGUGCUCACAGCGGAGAAAAAUAGAUGGAAGAAAAGAUGUGAAGAGAUGGAGAAAUUGAUAGGUUCUGGCAAUGGUGAAUAUGAUUAUAGAAUGGAUGAAAGAACAGAAAAGGCUUCCAGGUCAAGUAGACCUCCAAGUGCCCGUACUACCAGCACCAGAGGUCAGAGACCAACUAGUGCAAGAUCUGAUGACCGACCACCUACUGCCAAAGACAGAACACCUAGAGGGCGCCCUGAACGCCCUGACAGUGGUAGAACAGAAAAGCGACCAGUAAGUGCUAAAAGAAGACCGUCGUUAGAGAGUAGCAUGUCAGCAUCACGGAAACAAAAGAUCCGAGACUUCCAGGAGAACAGAUCGGCAAAGACUAUACAGAGGCACUGGAAAUCUCAUAGACAAGACCAACAGAAGAAAAAGGAUAAUGAUGAAAAAACGAAGGAUCAAGAAAAAAUAUUCAGACACACAGAGCUGCAAAAACAGGCAGUACACAAUCAAGAAAGUCAUCAAUCACCAUUAGGACAAUCUCUAAACUUAAAGCAUACCAAUGGGAAAAGUCCAUAUGAGGGACAUUUGCCAUUAAGGCACUCACAUAAGCCAGAGCAUACAAAUGAAAAAAGUCCCCAUGAUGAGCAUUUGGGCUCUCCAUUGAGGCACUCCAUUAGGCUGGACAAUACACACGAGAAAAGUCCCCAUGAGGAGCAUCUGAGCUCUCCAUUUAGGCACUCCAGUAAGUUGGACCAUACACAUGAGAAAAGUCCCCAUGAGGAGCAUUUGGGCUCUUCAUUUAGGCACUCUAGUAAGCUGGACCAUACACAUGAAAAAAGUCCCCAUGAGGAGCAUCUGAGCUCUCCAUUUAGGCACUCCAGUAAGUUGGACCAUACACAUGAUAAAAGUCCCCAUGAGGAGCAUUUGGGCUCUUCAUUGAGGCACUCCAGUAAGCUGGACCAUACACAUGAGAAAAGUCAGAAUGGGGAACAUUUUGCAUCAGUAUUGGCAAAGUCUGAAAAGCUAGAGCAUGGGAGUGGACAUGGUCUGCGUGAGGUUAGGGUGGCUGUGUCAUUACAGCAGUCACCUAAGACCAACCAGAAUAGUGGGAAAAGUUCAAAUGAGGAACAUUUGUCUGACGAUAGUCUAAAGAUCGAAGAUUCUGCUUCAGAGUUGAUUCGUUCUGCGUUGAUGGGUCACACGACGCGACGACAACAGAUGGCAAUGUAUGAUGACGACACAGAAGAUGACUAUAUGACAGACAAUGAAGAAUAUAACGAGUGUGUUAACCUUAUACAGUCUUCACUAUUGGGGCAUCAGCAACGUAAAACUCGUAUGAGAGAUUUCCAUUUAUCAUCAACUGGGGAAGAAGAUGAUGACGAUGAUGACACUGAUAUUAUAGAAAGCCCUAAACGUCGUUUAUCAUCAUCAUAUCGGUCAAACCGUCCACCAUCUCCAUCCAUACACAGAUCCAGACCACAGUCAGGUAAAUCCAGGUCAUCAAUAAGUUCAGCAUCAGGCAAGGGUUCAUCAGCAUAUAAUUCAUCAUACAGAGCAAGGGCAAAUUAUUCUACACAUCUAGAUGACGAUGAUGACUUUUGAUUUUAAACAAGCAGUUCACAUAUCAGAGAUGCACUUGAUUUAUUUCAUAACAUGUUAUAAACUUGCAGUUGUUUUAUUUUUUUACAAACCCACGAGAAUCUUUGACCACGCAUUUACUAUAAAUUUAUUUUUAGUAGUAUUAUAAUGGUAGUAUUUAAGUAUAAUUUUUUCAUCAGAUUGGCACUAAACAGAUUUUAAGGACUGACACAUUUGAUAUGCAAAACA